CAUCCAGACCCCAGUGCUCUGCUCUGCUCAGACCCUCCCGCAGCCCGCGGCCGGGGAGGGAGGCGCCGGGCAGGCGGGAGGGCGGUUGAGGAAGAGGAAGUCAGGGCAGAGUUGGGUCACCCUGUGGUUACCCCGGGAUCUGGCCCGCUGAUGCACCCCUUGGGCCGGCUGGAGCCCUAGCCAUGGGUCGUGGGGGCUGCAGCAGCUGGUAGCCAGGCUGGGUACCUGCAGCAGUGAGGACAAGGCUCCAUCUGGCUCUGAGCCCAAGUCAUGUGUCCAGCCUUUUGACUCUGGAGCUGCAGCCUCGGCCACCAAGAGCAGCAGUGGACCCUGGGGGCCUGAGCACCCAGACUUCUUCUCUGCCAUGGAGGAUGAGCAGGAGGAUGGUGUUCCAGGGCGGCUCAGCGAGAGCGCGGAGGACCUCAGCCUGGACCUGGGGGCGCUCCAGGGCAGCGAGUAUCUUCAGGACCUGGGCUUUGGGGUCCUUUCCCAUGCCGAGUCCGGGGAGGCCAGGGGCAGUGGAUCCCCUGGUGAAGAAGCUGGAGGAGAUUCGCCCUUCUCCAGCUCCGCACAGGCCCCGGACCAGCCACGGACGCGCAGCUGGGAGAGGGCACGGAGCUGCCCCGACAGCUGGCAGAGCAGGUUCAGCACCGACACCUCAGCUGUGAAUGACGGGCCCUGUCUCCCUCGGACGCUGGCUAGCCUUGCUCUCAACCAGCCGGGAGAGGGUCUGCAGGCCUGGACCCAAGAGUGUCUGCCUGGGGGUGGGACCCCAGCAGAACACUCUGGCAAGGAAUGUGACAGCCCUGAGAAAAAAGUGAGGUCACGGUCAGUUCCCGUGUCCUUCGAUGAGAUCAGCUUCCUGGGACUCUCUCCAGUUUUGGAGGUGCCCACUCCAGCUGUCGAAGGCCUGGAGCCGCCAGCGCUGGAGUGCAUGGAAAAGGACCACGUGGAGCCGGAUCGUGUGCUGAUCGUCCAGCAGGUGCUUCAGGAACUUCGACAGUACCAUGGGACCCGGCAGAGAGCUCGCCUGUCCGUCAGCCCUGGAGGAGCCCCCUCAAACCUCACCUGGUUUGAGUUCCUAUCUGAGAGUGAAGAUGGAGCCAGCAAGAUCGAGCGGAGUGACAGGAGCACCGGGGUGAAGCGCAGACUGAGCUCGCUCCGCAGUCGAGUCACCAGGCAGAAGGAGAAGGGGAAGAGCCCGCUGCCUCUCAAGGACAAGGGUCAGGAUGCUCAAGAGAGGAAGGAGUGUGUCAAUGGGCACCAGCUGGCACACGGAAACUUCUCGGGCCACUCCAGCUGCCCCCUGUGCGGCCAGCCCUUUCUGAGCUCCGCGUCCCUGAAGGAGCACCCGAGGGCCACCCUCUUGUCUGAUGGCAGCCCGGCCCUGCCCAGGAAUGUCGGCAUGACGGUCCCGCAGAAGGGGGGUCCACAGCCAGCACCCAGCCCGGCGGGAACGGGGACACGACUUGGACCGGUCACAGGAGAGAUGGAUGAAGCCGACUCUGGGUUUUUGAAAUUUAAGCAGGCAGCCGAUGACUCCCUUUUGCUUACGUCUUCAAAUGCCGAAGCCAUUUUUGUAGAAGACCCCUACACUGCCUCGCUGAGGGGUGAGAUCGAAUCGGACGCCCACGAGUUUGAGGCUGAAUCCUGGAGCCUCGCCGUGGACCCGGCGUAUGCAAAGAAACAAAAGAAGGAGGUGGUCAAGAGGCAGGAUGUGCUUUACGAGCUGAUGCAGACGGAGGUGCACCACGUGCGCACGCUCAAGAUCAUGCUGAAGGUGUACGCCAGGUGCCUGCAGGAGGAGCUGCAGUUCACUAGCAAGGCCGUCGGCCGCCUCUUCCCGUGUGCUGACGACCUGCUGGAUAUGCACGGCCACUUCCUCUCGCGGCUGAAGGAGCGCCGCCAGGAGGCCCUGGAGGAGGGCAGCGACCGCAAUUACAUCAUCCAGAAAAUCGGGGACCUCCUGGUACAGCAGUUUUCAGGUGAAAAUGCGGAAAGAAUGAAAGAAAAAUACGGUGUUUUUUGUAGCGGCCACAACGAAGCGGUCAGUCAUUACAAGUUGCUUCUGCAGCAAAACAAGAAGUUUCAGAACUUGAUCAAGAAAAUCGGCAACUUUGCCAUCGUCAGGCGGCUCGGUGUGCAGGAGUGUAUUCUUCUGGUCACUCAGCGUAUCACCAAGUACCCGGUGCUGGUGGAGCGCAUCAUUCAGAACACGGAAGCUGGCACCGAGGACUAUGAAGACCUGACUCAGGCUCUGAACCUCAUCAAAGACAUCAUCUCACAAGUGGAUGCCAAGGUCAGCGAGUGUGAGAAAGGCCAGCGCCUCAGGGAGAUCGCAGGGAAGAUGGACCUGAAGUCCUCCAGCAAGCUCAAGAAUGGGCUGACCUUCCGCAAGGAGGACAUGCUGCAGCGGCAGCUCCAUCUGGAGGGCAUGCUGUGCUGGAAGACCACAUCGGGGCGCUUGAAAGAUGUCCUGGCCGUCCUGUUGACUGACGUGCUUCUGCUGCUACAAGAGAAGGAUCAGAAAUACGUCUUUGCGUCUGUGGACUCGAAGCGCCCCGUCAUCUCGCUACAAAAACUCAUUGUGAGGGAGGUGGCCAACGAGGAGAAGGCCAUGUUUCUGAUCAGCGCCUCCCUGCGAGGGCCCGAGAUGUACGAGAUUUACACCAGCUCCAAGGAGGAGAGGAACGCCUGGAUGGCCCACAUCCGAAGGGCUGUGGAGAGCUGUCCGGACGAGGAGGAGGGGCCCUUCAGCGAGGCCGAAGAGGAGAGAAAGAUGAUGGAGGCCCGAGCUAUGAGGCUGAGGGACUUCCAAGAGCGACUGAACCAGAAGGACCAGCAGAUUGUGCAGAGCCUCAGCGAGAAGCGGCAGAUCUACCUGGAGAUGGCCGAGCUGAGUGGACUCGACGACUUGGCCCACUCGCGACUCCUCUUCCGAGGAGGGGACCCCGCCGAGAACCUGCAGGGGGAGCUGAUUCUCAAGUCGGCCGUGAGCGAGAUCGAGGACAUCCAGAGCCUGAUCUGCAGGCAGCUGGGCAGCACCAACGGCCAGGCGGAAGACGGAGGCAGCUCCACGGCCCUGCCCCGCAGGGCAGAGACCUUUGGGGGCUAUGACAGCACGAGCAGCCCCGGCAAGAGUGGCAGUUUUAGGAAGAAAGUCUGCAGCAAUGACCCCAGCCUCCAAGACUGGCAGGGCCCUGCAAGCAACCCGGACUCGAAGCUCGGCGACACCCCGGGGGCCUCCGAGGAAGCCCCGCAGGCGGUGGAGGCCCCAGGCCCAGAGUCCAGCCCCCGUGUGCCCACCGUCCUGGAGUUGGAGCUUGUCCAGCGGAUCCAGACGCUGUCCCAGCUGCUCCUCAGCCUCCAGGCGGUCAUCGCCCAGCAGGACAGCUACGUGGAGAUGCAGAGGGCCACCAUCCAGGAGCGCGAGAAGCAGUUGCGGCUGCAGUCGACACGCGGGAACCUGCUGCUGGAGCAGGAGAGGCAGCGCAACUUCGAGAAGCAGCGGGAGGAGCUGGUGGGCGUGCAGAAGCUGCAGGGCCAGCUGCGGCUGGAGCAGCAGCGCUGGGAGCGCCAGCGGGAGCGCCAGCGGCAGGAGCUGGACCUGGCCUCGGCCCGGCUGCAGCAGCGCGAGGGCGAGGCGCAGAGGCUGCAGGAGCGGCUGGGCCAGGAGCGCGCCGAGCUGGAGCGCCAGCGGCAGGCCUACCAGCAGGACCUGGAGCGGCUGCGUGAGGCCCAGCGCGCCGUGGAGCGCGAGCGCGAGCGCCUGGAGCUGCUGCGGAGGCUCAAGAAGCAGCACACUGUGCCCGGGGCGCUGCCGCCCGAAGUGCUGGCAGAGGCCCAGCCGCCAAGCCACUCUGCCAGCUUCGACGGGGAAGGGCUGGAAGGGCCCGCGGGCCUGUCCAAAGCGCCAGGGCCCCGGGUGAGCGUGCUGCUGUCGGGCGGCCCCGAGUACCCCGAGCGCUCGGAGGUGGCCCGCCGGGACAGCGCCCCGACCGAGAGCCGCCCGGCCAAGAGCGACGUGCCCAUCCAGCUGCUCAGCGCCACCAACCAGAUCCAGAGGCAGACGGCCGUGCAGCAGCAGAUCCCCACCAAGCUGGCCGCCUCCACCAAGGGCAGCAAGGACAAGGGCGGCAAGAGCAGGGGCUCCCAGCGCUGGGAGAGCUCAGGCUCGUUCGACCUCAAGCAGCAGCCGCUUCUCAACAAGCUCAUGGGCAAGGACGAGAGCGCGUCUCGGAGCCGCCGCUCACUCAGUCCCGUCCUCAGCAGCCACAGCCCUGUGCCCUCCCCAGACCCCGGCUUCCUGACCCCAAGCCCGGCCCCAUCGGAUGCCCCCACCGAGUGCUUCUCCUUCAAGGCCGGGGGGGCAUCCGUGCCCCCGUCCCCGUCGCCACUGCCCACCACACCACUCGACAAGGAAGAAGCCAGCAAGGAAGAUGUCAUCUUCUUCUAGGGGGCUGUGGCUCAAGGUGCAGGCCCCUCCCUGUCCUGCCCACCCUCCGCGCUCUCUGGGGCACCACCCAGCUGUCCCCCUCCCGAUCCUGAGCAAGCCACCGCCACCCACCGCCCGGCUGGGGGCAGGGCAGGGCCAGCAGCAGCCUGGGGUCUCAAGGCUCUUUCCGUAGGUUUAGCACUGGUGCCUGGGUACUUUUCUAAACCUGUUUUUUUAAUACAGAAAGGCAAGUUUUUAAUCGAAGGUUGACCAGAGCUAAGCCCAGGAACGGUUUUACGUCAUACCCCCUAUUUGAGUAGGGAGAGGUCGACUCCCAGCUGUUUUCCCAAGGUAGUGACAAACGGUGGUGGUUCCGCAAGAAGACUCGUGACAAGCCAGAUCCUGGUCUGAGGAGGUGCUGGCUGGGCUCCACGGCCACGAGGAGACGCUGGAGCGUGUCAUGAGAGCACCCAAGGGGCCGGGGGUGUCGCUGUGUCUGUCGGCAGAAUCAACUUCCAAAGCAGAGACUGUGCGGGUGCGCGGGGAACCUCUAGGCCGGGACAGGGCCACGGGGCAGGGCGGCUGGAGAGGAUGGCCGAUGGCGCACUCUAGGCGGGUUCUGUGGGUUUGGAAGCGCCUCCUGAAAGGGGCUGACCACAACUCACUUUAACUUGGCAGGUUUUUAAAACCUGCCGUUGUCAAACUCGGUGCUUUCUCGAGGGCACCAGCCGUUCUCCAGGGCUCGGCCUGUCCAGGAGGUCAAAUCACGAGGGUCCCAGCCCCAGCAGAGGGUCCUCAGCCCUGGAGAGAUGGGCUGGCGUUCAUGGGGCUGCCGGGAGGAAGCCCCCAGGGCAGGUGUCCCUCACUGAUGGGCAGAGGCUGGUGCGACAUGAAGCAGAGGAGUGGGGCCAUAUGUCCAGGCGGAUGAGGGUGAAACGCAGGAGGGGUCCUCCAUGGCCUGGGGGCCUUGAGUGGGCAGAGGGCCACCUCACGGGCGCCUCAGGUCCAGCGAGCUGUCAUAGCAUAUAGUCAACUUCCCCUGGCCGGGGGUGAAGGCCGCGUGGCUGUAGAUGUUGGCAGUGGGGUUGGAUGUCCAGGAGCAGUCCAGAGGUGGCAGCUGCUUCAGAUCCACAUUCCAGCUCUGGCCCCACUCAAGCCUGGGUGCUGGGGUGGGGAAGCGAGAACAUUCCAGCCUUUCUCUGCUGCCCCCCCGGGGCCCGAACCCAGCAUCUCCCUAAGCGUUGGUAGGAGGACUGGCUCUUGUGCUGACCAGGAGCAGGGGCACUACGGGGUUGAGGUGACAGCCAGUCGGUGACAGGGAACUGAAAGCAGCUGUCGGGAACCUCUCCCGAGCACCUCUCGCCCCCCUCCCCCACCCCGUUGACUGCCCACGGGGCCUGCAGCCUCAGAGAGGAGCAAGAAGCCACCUCCCUCGUCCUGUGACCCCCUCAGCUCCCCUGUGCCAUGUCUAGAAUCAGUGUUUUGCGUUUUGUCCUGAGAAGCCGCGGAGCACUUUAGAAGUUGACUCCAGUUCCUGUCCUGUUGUGAAGGCGACGUUCCCGGGCCCUCGUACUGGGUGGUGUCACCGCCGUGCGCCCCUGUGCGCAUGCUCUGGUCUGACCCUCCGCGCCACCGUGGUUCCUGGGACCAUAAGACGUUCAAGGAGUUCCCACCCACGCGGUGGGGAUCGGCGCUCCUUGCCAUGCGGCCGGGCCUGUCUCAGCCGGGUGGCAGCGUUGGUCCAUCUCUCACCAGUAUGCUGAGGUCACUCCUGGGUGGAGCCCGAUUUUACUUGUAAAGUUGGUGGUCAGCAGACGUUCUGAUCUCUGUGGGAUCUGUGCACGUCUUCGUCCAUCGUGACCGUGAUCUUAGUCCACGCGACAAUUAUUUUUACAAUGAUGCAUUUCCUCACCGCGGGAUAGAACUUAAGACCCGAUUCUAGCAAUAAAAGUGUCUCAGAUGA